UCGCUCUCCUUCCUUCCUUCCUUCCUUCGUCCAUCCGGAGUCGCGCAGCCAAAUCCGGAGCAGAGCAGAGCACCGGGAGCCAACGCCAUGAGCCGCGCGCUCCUCUCCCACAUCCUCCACCGCCCGCCUCUCCUCGCGUCGAGGAGUGGCGUCCGAGGAGGAGCGCUGCCUUCCCGCCUCCGCGCUCUCCGCCUCAACUGCAGCGGGGCUGAAGCUGCCGCCCCAGCCGAUGAGGCGCCUGCUCCCCCGGCGAGGAAGAAAAGAGUAGUUUCUGGUGUACAGCCAACAGGAAUGGUGCACCUUGGAAAUUAUCUUGGUGCUAUUAAGAACUGGGUUGCACUUCAGGAUUUGUAUGAGACAUUCUUUUUCAUUGUGGACCUGCAUGCGAUUACCUUGCCGUAUGAUGCACCGGAGCUAUCUAAAGCUACAAGAAGCACCGCUGCAAUUUAUCUGGCAUGCGGCAUUGAUAGUUCCAAGGCUUCUAUUUUUGUACAGUCUCAUGUCCGUGCUCAUAUCGAGCUGAUGUGGCUACUGAGCUCUUCGACUCCUAUUGGUUGGCUGAACAAAAUGAUUCAGUUCAAAGAGAAGUCACGCAAGGCGGGUAAUGAAAAUGUUGGAGUGGCACUUUUGACGUACCCUGUUCUAAUGGCUUCUGACAUCCUUCUGUACCAGUCCGAUUUGGUACCUGUUGGUGAAGAUCAGACACAACAUUUGGAAUUAACUCGUGAAAUUUCUGAACGUGUAAAUAAUCUAUAUGGUGGAAGAAAGUGGAAGAAAUUGGGAGGGAGAGGCGGUUCAUUAUUUAAGGUUCCUGAAGCCCUUAUCCCUCCAGCAGGUGCCCGUGUUAUGUCCCUAACUGAUGGUCUCUCCAAGAUGUCGAAGUCUGCUCCUUCAGAUCUAUCUCGCAUUAAUCUUCUUGACCCAAAAGAUGUGAUUGUGAACAAAAUCAAACGCUGCAAAACUGACUCGCUCCCAGGCUUGGAAUUCGACAACCCAGAGAGGCCGGAAUGCAGCAAUCUUCUCUCAGUAUAUCAGAUCAUUACUGGGAAAACGAAAGAGGAAGUUGUUAGCGAAUGCCAAGAUAUGAACUGGGGGACAUUCAAGGCUACCCUUACAGAUGCCUUAAUUGAUCAUCUGCAGCCUAUUCAGGUCCGUUACGAGGAGAUCAUGUCUGAUCCAGGCUAUUUAGAUACUGUUCUGCUAGAUGGGGCAGGGAAAGCUUCCGAGAUAGCAGACGCCACACUCAACAAUGUAUACCAAGCCAUGGGUUUCUUGCGCAGAUAGCAUAUGUUUCACCAUGCAGACCAUUUCACAAGAAGCACGGGUUCAACUGUUUUAUAACUGCACAAUGCUGCCUUCUUGCACUUGUGUUGGCCUUUCUGCCAGUAGUACUGAUAAGCCUUUUGUUCCUAGUUGGAACAAACAAAAAUCAACAGUCUGUUAACGGAUUAUUUAUUGAAAUAUAAUGUCGAAAUACCA